CUUACUGCUGUAAUUGUUAUGAUAGAGAAAUUGAUAUUAUUGAAAAAAAACGUAUGGAAUUUGGAAAAUGUAAAGAAUGUCUUAAGAUACAUGAGGAUUUGGAUGGUUGUUUAUCCUGCAAUCCUAAACAUUUUCAAAGAGAUUUUGAUAAGUGGACCAGUAGAAAUGAGGUUAUUGAUAAGUUGAUACAAGAUAAUCAACUUUCGGUUAGAAGAUACGGAUUAUUAGAAUGGAUUCCAUAUGAUAAAUUUAUAAAUAUUAAUUACAUUGCUGAAGGAGGGUUUGCAAAAGUAUAUUCAGCUUUAUGGAUAGAUGGACAAAUUAGAAAGUGGAGUCAAUUAUCUAAUAGUUGGAGAAGAAAUGGAUCAACAACAAUCGCUUUAAAAGUAUUGAAUAAUUCAGAAAAUAUAAGUGAAGAUUAUCUAAAUGAGAUAAGAUUUCUUAACGAAGUUAGUGGUUAUAUGUGUAUAAUUAAAUGUUUUGGAAUUUCUCAAGAUCCUAUUUCUAACAAUUAUGCAUUAGUAUUACAAUAUAUGGAAAAUGGCGAUUUACGAAAAUAUCUUGAACGAACUGCUAAUAUAAUUAAAUGGGAUCAAAGAUUAAAUAAGAUAUAUGAUAUUUGUCUUGCACUUAAUAAUAUUCAUGUUCACAAGUUAAUUCAUAAAGAUCUUCAUCCGGGAAAUAUUUUUAUCGAUCCUACAUUUGCAUAUAUUGGAGAUUUUGGAUUAUGUAUGCCAGCAAAUGAAAUUUUAUCAAAUUUUAUCAAAAAAAAUAUUUAUGGAGUAAUACCAUAUAUGGCACCUGAAAUAUUACGUGGGAAACCACAUACAUUAGCAUCUGAUGUAUAUUCAUUAGGUGUGAUCAUAAAUGAAAUAAUUACAGUAAUUCCUCCAUUCAAUAAUCAACCACAUGAUCAUUUUCUCGCACUGGAUAUUUGUCGAGGUUUACGCCCAAAUAUUAGAGAAGAAACUCCAACUUCUUUAAAAGAAUUAAUUAAAAAAUGUUGGGAUGCAAAUCCAGAAAACCGACCAGCUUCCAAAGAAAUGUUAUACGUAUUAUCAAAUAAACUUAGCGAAUAUAAAAAUAUGCCACUAAAAUUAUCAUAUAAUCUUAAUGAAUCAAAUGAACUACAAUCACAUCCUUUAGCUACUUAUAUGAGUCGGCCUCUCAAUUUUCAAAAUCUACCAGAACCUAUUAAUUGCACAGAUCAACAAGAAUUUAUUUCAUCGAGAUAUACUAAGAGAAUACGAACAGGUAAAAUUGUUUUAUUAUAUAUUACUCUUAUCCGAUUAUUAGUAAAAUAA